GCAAAAGUUGAGUAUUUACCUGGCCGCACGAAACGGUCGCACUAACAAUUUAUAAACAAACAAAAAUGUCCAAACAACAGUAUGGCCUCAUUAUCCCCGGGCAGCAAAAGAAGGCACCCGCCAAACCUGCCGUAAAGCCCGCCAUUUUCGACGAGAGCAGCGCCUCCGAGAGCGACGACGACCGAAAUGCACCACAACUGAAGCCAAAAACCAGCGGAGUGACCAGUGGGCCCAGUUUAAUGGAGCGCCGCGUGGCCCGCCGGCAGCAAGAGAAGGCCCUAGCCGAGGAUCCCACCAUCUUCCAGUACGACGAGCUGUACGAUGACAUGGACAGCAAGCGCGAGGAGGCCAAGCAGUCGAAGAGCCAGGAGCCCCGGAAACCCAAGUACAUCGGCAGGCUGAUGGAGCACGCCGAGCGCCGGAAGCUGGAGAAGGAGCUGCGCAUCGAGCGGCAGGUGCAGAAGGAUCGUGAGGCCGAGGGCGAGAUGUACAAGGACAAGGACACCUACGUGACGGCAGCCUAUCGCAAGAAACUCGAGUCCAUACGCCAGAUGCAGGAGCAGGAGCAGCGCGACGAGUAUCUCGAGGCCAUUGGCGAUGUGACCAAGCAGAAGGAUCUGGGCGGCUUCUAUCGCCAUCUCUACGAACAGAAGAUGGGCGGCCCUGCCCAGCCAGAUGAGGUUCAACCAAAGACGGCGCCCUCAACCGACGAGGUCUCGUACAAACCCAUCAAGGCGGAGGCUGCCAAGCACCGAAGCUAUAGGCAACGUCGCUCCUCCGAGGAGGAGGAGCAGGCCAAAGCUUUGACUGCCCAAGAUCCAGAGCCCACUCCUUCCACAAAUCAGACAGAAAGCAAGCCAGCCCAGGCUCACUUGGCCAACAAUAUUGAUGCCGAUUCCGACUUCAGCAUAGACGAUUCCAGCGAUGAAGAGGAGGAGAAGGAAAAGGAGAAAGAUAAGGUUAAGGAUAAGGAUAAGCAGCAGCAGUCCCAGGGCAAAAAGAAGGACAAACCCCAGGAAAAAUUAGAGCCCACGAAAGCCAAAGAACCAGAGGCGUCUGAGAAGCAAUCCCCCUCUAAGAAAGAAAAUUCCGAUGCCGAGCUGGAUGAGAAGAAUCUACCCGUGCCGACAGUCACCAAACCUCCUGUGGACCGCACACUCAUCUGGCGCAAAAGGACCGUGGGCGAGGUCUUCGAGGCUGCCUUGGCUCGCUAUCAGGAACGCAAACUGGCUCGCCAGGGCUAAAAUGCAUCCAAUUAAAGUUCGAGUAGAUGGAAAAACAAACCACUGAUUUCUGUAUUGUCUCCUUAUUAUGGUAAUUUCAAUUUGUCCCGUGUUCAUAAAUUAUUUAUGUGUAUGCUAGCGCUCUUAGCAAACCCUUUUCGGUGCAAAUAUUUUGCAUAAGUUGCAACAAAGUCCCCAGCAGCCCGCUUCCACUUUUCAUCUAAAACAGAAAAAAAACAAAAUGUGUAAGAAGUACAAGGCAUGACGGAUGGAACCGCAGGAAAAGUGGGGGGAAAAGCACUGGAGGAUGAGGAAGUGCCUGAAGGAGCAGAACGCGAAGAUAUUCCAUUUAUUUUGUAUGACGACGACACGACGACAAGUAGGAGAGCCAAAAAAAGAACUAGUGCCAGUUUGGAGAAACGAAACUAGAAAUACCCUUGUGGGUCAAUAAGAAGGCGGUUAAUUAAAUGGGAUGCAGAGUAAGUCCUAAGAACGCUCAUUAUAAUUUAAAUCUGAUGCUUUCAGCUCUUGUUAAAGUACUUCAUCCAAUUGAACUUAGAUAAAUAAAUUAUGUUUUAUAAUAGAAAA